AAUUUCUUCUGUUUGAAUCGAAUUGGCAUUGGAGCCAAAUUAGUUUCUAAAACUUGCAAUUAGCUGUAUUAUUACACCAAACACAGUAAAACAUGCACCGCUGCAUGUUAAGGUUUGCUGAGCAGCACUGGCAGGGUUCAGUCCGCUGUAUGAGCUCCACGGUCGGGAAGAGGAGAGCUCUACGUGGCCUCUUCCCAGUGCUGGACCUGCCUCUGCAGCCCAUCCAGCGUCACGUGUAUGAAGCAAACCUGAGAAACAGCAUUGCCUGCCAUAAGAAGUACACAGAGUUCAGGGAGAAGGUGAGGAAAGGGGGAGGGGAGAAUGCCAUAUCCAGACACACUCAGAGAAACAGGAAGUUGCUGGUUAGUGAUCGGCUGAAGCUCCUGUUGGAUGACGAGGAAUUCCUGGAGCUCUCGCCAUUUGCUGGUUUGGGUCUGGCAUACGGGGACAUCCCUUCAGCUGGCUGUCUGACCGGCAUCGGCAGGAUCAAUGGGCUAUGGUGUGUGAUUAUUGCCAACGAUGCGACUGUGAAAGGUGGCACAGGGUAUCCAAUCACAGUGAAGAAGCAACUACGAGCACAAGAAAUAGCAAUCCAGAACCGGCUGCCCUGUGUCUACCUGGCCGACUCUGGCGGAGCUUUUCUACCACUGCAGUCAGAGAUCUUUCCUGACAAGAACCAGGGCGGAAGGACGUUCUACAAUGAAGCCAUCAUGUCUGCCAUGAAGAUCCCCCAGGUGGCGGUUGUUUGCGGCUCGUGCACAGCGGGGGGAGCUAUCAUGCCUACAAUGGCGGAGGAGACGGUCAUGGUAAACCGGAUAGGAACCAUAUUCCUGGGAGGACCUCCACUCGUGAAAGCUGCUACAGGAGAGGAGGUGACAACAGAAGACCUGGGAGGAGCCAGGCUUCACGCCGAGGUGAGUGGGGGUGUGGACCACUUUGCGUGGGAGGAAAAGGAGGCGUUCACUUACACUAGAAACAUCAUAUCCACCCUCAAUUUCCAACUGCCUGAGGAAGAGGAGGAUAUGAAGAAGAGGAAAGCAGAAGAGGAGCCGCUUUACAGCUCAGAGGAGCUGCUGGGUCUCGCUCCUCAGAGUUACACAUACAGCCUGGAUGUUAAAAUGAUAAUCAGUCGGCUGACAGAUGGGAGCUGCUUCCAGGAGUUUAAAGCUCGCUAUGGAACCACUCUCGUCACUGGCUUUGCAAAGAUACAUGGCAACCUGGUGGGAAUAGUAGCCAACAACGGAGAGCUUUCACACGAGGCUGCACUGAAAGGAACCCAUUUCAUCCAGCUGUGUGAUCAGAGAGACGUCCCACUCGUCUUCCUCCAGAACACGGCACCCGCAGCACCACUAACACUGUCCACGGAGCAGGCAGAGAUGAACAGUAAUCGUCUGAAGGCUCAGGGUUCGAUGAUGUCAGCCGUAGCAUGUGCCGCUGUCCCUAAAAUCACCGUGGUGAUUGGUGGUUGCUAUGGCGCCGACAGCUAUGCUAUGUGCGGACGGGCAUUUGACCCCAACUUCCUGUUCCUGUGGCCCAACGCCAGAGUGUCCAUGACGGCUCCGGGUCACGCUGCCUCUCUGCUUUCUCCCAAUGAUGAGCAGGAGGACGAGCAGAAGAAGCAGGAGGAGAAGCUAAACAGGAGGUUGGAGGAGGAAAGCUCGGCUUUCUUUUCCUCCGGGAGGCUGUGGGAUGAUGGAGUCAUUCUGCCACAGCACACCAGAAAGGUUCUCAGUGACUCUCUGGACAUCAUCAAACAGCAGCAGUAUCAGCUGUCUGCAGAGAAGCUUCGGCCAACGCUUCUACGUAUUUAAAAGUUCCUCCGUCCUCUUCACUCGUCCAGGAGUUUCUAUGUUUAAUUCAGAUUUGGAUGCAGAUUUUUUCUUUUUUUUGAUUCAUAAUAAUAGAUCUUUUCAGCUGGACUGGAAGCAGCAUUUCAGAAAUGAGGACUGUCUUAUCCACAUGCAAGUGGCUCAUUUUAAACAGUUUCUUGCACACAAGCUUCAAAAACUCUGUUAACAUGAACUCUCACAGACAGCUGAAAUAUUUAGCGUUGGUACCAUAAAGAACUUUUGGAAAGGAUCUUUUACACAGAUAAUCAGGUGAACAUGUCGUAUUUUAUCUAUUAUGUCCAAACAUCUGAGAAAAUCCUGGAAAAUGUUGCAAAAGUGCCUCAUCAGAGUUAGUUUUUCUUCCUUGCCCACUGUGCUGUUUACAGAAGGUUAACAAGAUGGCUAUUUGCUCAACUUUAACAAGCACAUCGACAUCCAGAGCUACAAAGACUUGACACUUAACAUGAAGCUUUAAUGCCUGCAGCCCAGUGGUCUGUUUUAGUUAAAGAGCAUAUUGCAGAUUGGAGACCCCUGUGAAUCAAUGUGUACGAAAAUAAUGUAGGAACUGAAUUUUCAUUGAAAUACGCAUAAAUAUAUACUACAGUGACCUCCGGAGUUGUUUUUGUGAGAGAAUUUUACUUCCGCAACUGAAAAAGCUGAACCGGAAGUGACGUAGCACCGGGGAGUGCGGUGAAUUUCAACAAUAGGAAAAAUAAUGGAUCUUAGUGACACUGAAGAGGUUGUGAAUGUGUAUUCACACCAAUACGACGGGCCACAGCCUUAUAAUUACGAACCCGUUAGGGCCCCCACGUUCUUUUGAUUGACAGCUGAAACUUGCUUUUUAAAAGGCUGAUUUAUGGGUCCGCGUUACACCAACGCAGACCCUACGGCGUAGGGUACGCGGCGACGCACCGAACGCUGCGUGCGCCGCGUAACCUACGCCGUAGGCUACACCGUCGAUUUUACGCGGAGCCAUAAAUCAGCCUUUAUUCACCGCAGCACCCGUGCUCCUGAAAGAAACUCCGAAAAUAACUCCUAAAAGAUGGGUGAGUACUUGUAAUCUGUCUACGUUUGUACUUUCUAAACAGAAAACAAGCUUAUUAUCUUCUCUUUUCUCUGAUUAAAUGCAUCUGAAAUAGCCGGGUAUUUUUAAAACCGAAUAUUUCCCCCCCUUCGUUUAUAAAAUAAUUUGUAUCCACAUUACAUCGUUGUUAAAAAAAAAAAACUUUCCACACAUAACUGAAGAUAUAUGCGUCUUCAACCACAUUCAUAAGCAUUCCAAACCUGUAGUAGAUCAUCUGUUCCUCCGGCCUCCGGGCCAGCCUCCGGGCCGCAGCUCCCUGAGAUCCGCGUCUCCUUCUCGGUAACGAGCUUGAGUCUCCCGUGUCCCACCACGGAGCUGCCGCGUUAAAUCGGCGCAGCCCUACGCCGAACCCUACGGCGUAGGGCUGCGUCGGUGUAACGCAGUAAACGUGGUCAAGAGCAGAGACCAUUAAUUUAAUAAAUAGCUUGGAGAACAGAUGGUGGAUCAUCUGUAGU